UGCUCUUUUAAAAAAUGUGACUAAGGUCAGGCCCAUGCCAGUCGUGUUGUUUGAUCAGUUUUACUACUUCAGUGGCAAAUUAACUAGUGAUUACCGUACCUAUAAUAGACACCGGUUACAGGAGGCAACACACAUACCGGUACUAGUAGCUAGCUGCACGUCGUUUUGACAGGAAGGACGGAUCAGUUGAUUACAUUUUUAUCUCAUGGUUAAACAAGAAAAGAGUCUUCACUAACUGUAUGAGUAGGGAACGAAGUAUCAAAAUGACAUUCGAGAUCAUCUACGGACGCAAUUAGCUACUCGUAUCACCCCUGACUGCUUCGACUGAAUGUGGACCAUUAGAUACAACACCGAGCGGUCGUGAAAUUGUUCAGCCGAGCGCGCUUUACUGCGAAAACACCCAAGAAUCGGCUAAUGGCAAACCACGAGAAAAGUUAAUAAUAUUUUCACUAGUAGUGACGUUCGAUACACUGCUUUCGUGUCUUCGUUUCUUCAAUGCCAGCACGACGUCAAUCAUAUCAAAGUAAGAGUGUAUCAAGGUGGAAAUGUAAUCACUAUUUUUAUCACCGCUAACAGCUUUGAAAACGACCUCGCAAUCAUCUGUGGAUUAGCAGCGCUUGUGAAGUUGGGUCAUAUUAAACCGAGAGGGAUCGCUGUUGUGACGUUUCAGUUUCUCAACAAAUGCAACAGUAGAGUGUGCGUAUAAGCGAUGUCCAGUUUAAGUAUGGCUUUACACCGGAAUACGUGCAGCCCAAGUGGACUUCUCCGUUGAUGGACUAAUCGCAGUAUUUGAUAUUGUUAUUUAUGAGGAUAUUAACGGACAAGAUGGAUCGUAGGUAAAUAGAUAAACAUUUCGACUGAAAACAGCGGUGGUGCACCUGUGAACCGUUAUAAUACGAUACCACGCUACUUUCUCCCGCUAUUUGGAAAUAACGACGAGAGAAGCUUUGGACAGGACUUCUGAGGACAUCUUCUUAGAAAUAAACAAUCAAUCACAGCGGACACAAGAAAUUAUAAGGUAGGGGAUAUUGUCACGUUCUACACGAAGUAAGCCGACGCUGGCAACCAAGAAAUGAUGAAGCGAAUUAAUCGUUUUCGGAUUUCCCUUUGAUUAUCGGAAGCAGGGGAGAAUUGUUUCACGUAUUACCCGAGAGAUUAAGAUUUAUUUUAUAGACUACCCAUUAGGAUAACAUCGGAUGACAGAGCCUAGAGAUGACUAGAGGAAUAUAACAUCAAUCAUCGUCAAAAGGGAAGUAACGCGGUGUCCCGCAGGUAAAGCAACCUUAGUUAUGCAUGCCAAUGCUAAAAUGGCUGGACCUAACUCGCGGUUCAACCACACCCUUUCCUACUCCUCCAACGUCGAGGCAAUUCAUCCGUCCAAUUUGAUCCGCAACUUUACCGAUUCUAUCAUAAGUAGAAACAACGGAGGUGCUGCUGCCGACAGGUCGACCGGACUGGAUCUUAACGGGAGUUUAUGGCCGGUGAUGAAUUCCAGUCCGAGUCCCAAUGUCACAUCAGACGACUAUGAAUCCCAGGAGAUUUUCAUAUCAAUCGGAUUGGCCAUUGCUACCCUGGGAUUGAUAGGGAACAUAGUCUCCUUAAUGGCGUUGUCGAAAAUGAGGAGACCCCUAGAGCCUUUACACUUACAUCUCAUCAACCUGGCAGUAUCGGAUUUGGUUGUGGUGGCUCUGACACUGGUAUCCAGUGCAAUUUAUCUAAUGAAUCUAAAAGAAGUGUUUCCCAAAUUUUCAGAAGCAAUGUGUAUCGCCAGGAUAUUUUCCGAGGUGUCCUUCAUUUGCCUGUUAGCUCCACUUUUGGCAACAUCUGGUCUCGUGAUCAACCAGUACCUGGCCGUAACCAGACUUCUGAAAUACAAAUCCACAGUUACCAGAAAAAGAGUUUACCAUUACAUUACGUUCACAUGGGGCUUGACUAUUGCUGUCGGUAUCUUACUUCAUGUCACUGCUGUCGCUUUACAACAGAAUAACCCGCAAGACGACGAAACUCCCUCCAACUUGACUGUAACCCUAUGCAAGGUAUACGAUUCCUCGGACGACGUAUACUAUCAACUAUCGGCAUACACAUAUUCUGUUUUAUUUUUGGCAAUUACAUUGAUUGUGUCAAGUUUUUACUGUAAAACAUGCACUGCUGUUCAAAGGGAAAUGGCCGACGUAGAAGUUAACCGUCGGCACAGUAGUGUAGAACGUAAAGUAAACGUGACUAUAGCAUUGCUGUUUGGAACUAUCAUUCUAUUUUGGCUCCCAGGGAUUGCAGACGGCCUAGUAACUAUUGUAUACUUUAGCAAGAAUCAGCAAUGCACGGCGUGUAUGAUAUUUCACCAAACUACUAAUUUAUGGUUCUUCGCCAACUCUGUGUUUGAUCCCCUAAUAUAUGGCGUUCGCCUGCCCCAGGUGCGCGAGGGGUAUCAUGCGCUAUAUGUGGACACAAUUAAUCGAUUCCUGCCUAAAAAGAAGCGACUGGCGUUCAGUUUUCGGUAUUCUCAAUAUACGCCACACAACACUUCGCUUGCAGCCUCCCAGUCACAUUCACACUAUUACCAGGCGAGAUAGCGGGGGUGCACAGGAAAACUGUUAGCUUUGCUUCAGUCUGCUGACGUGCCAAAUGUUCACAAGAAUGAUAAUCUACGAUACCAGACCCCAGACAUGUGAAAACAGAGGAAAUUAGGACCUGCAGCUUGCAUUAACACUAAACAGAUAAGCCCGUUCUGUGGACAGUCAUCUGUCAUUAAUAGUUAGAAACUUGGGUUUACCCGUAGGUUAAUCAUUGAAGCGCGCCUGAAUUCCGUCUUGUACGAGACAGCUUGCCAAAGGAGACGAUUUUCAACCAAUAUUGGCUUUAAAAUGAAAUAUGACGUUUUCAGCCAAGCGCCGUGGCUUGCGAACAGUCAUGUGUAAUGUACCUUAUGGAUCAAUGGCACCAUUCAUCAUCAAUGAAAUGGUUCAAUGCCAAUGUAAAAAAGAAAAAGAAAAUGGAAAAAUAUUUACGAAAGUGGCUGAGACAUUGAACCGUUUUGAUGAUUGAUAAAACUGCAGUGUUCUCAAAGCAAAUGAUGUUCUGUGAUACAGCAGGUCGAAUUUGAAUUAAAUAAUGUUCAAGUAUUUGCUAAGUUGUAUAGCAGGUUUCACAGUUUAUAAAGGUUAGCUUCCUCAAUGCAUCAAUGUAAGGAAAACAUAUCAGAACUACAUCUAAAGGAGAAAUAAAUAUAAAAGAUGACCUGCAAAUUGCGUUCCACAAAAUGGCAUGUAGGAUAUAUGUUGUAUCUUCCACAUGCUGCCAAAGCUUCAGGUUAAAUGGUAUCGGGAUAGCUCCAACAUCGUUUACUGAAAUCACUGUCAAAAGGAACUCCUCUUUCAGAAUUGAAUAUCGAGCUCUAUAACUUAACACUCCCUUAAUUCGAAAUGAUUUAUUGGUAUGGAUAUAAAAUAUCGAUAAAGAGAUAGACUGAAAAACAGACGUAGAUUAUCUAGUUCAAAUGUUAUGAGAAUAACGGUGCCGUGGCAAUGUCUAUCAAUUAAACCAUAUGCCAGAAAAUAAAAAUAUUAUCCUAUUGUAGAACCCGCGUGAUUUAAAUUUUGAUAU